CACCCGGCGGUAGUGAGGUGUGCUGCCCAUUCCCACUGCAUGAAACCCGCAUGGACGUGAUGCCCCGCAGCUUAACAAAGCCUCGCUGAAUGUCGCAACAUUCAACAAAAACAAAAACAAAUCUCUUCAGUGGUGUCCGGCACGCGGCAAAAUUAAAUUCCCACCCUCCUCCUCCUCCUCUCCUGAUGUCAAACCAUUUUGCAUACUGACUUCCGCCCCGCUUGGCUCUCCCUCCCUAGUCUGCAUCAGCCGGCGAGCAGCUAUUAUGACAGGAUGAUACAGUAUCACACGGAGCCACGACGAGCUGAUUUAAAAACUUAAUUUGGACAGUAGGCGGAUGUCGUGUGCGGUUGAUACAGGUAGAAGGAUUUGGGGAAACGGAGGAAGACGCGAAUGUAUGUUUUGAUGCAAUGGGAUUUGCUACUUUGGUAUGAAGAGGCGGACCUAUGAGACGCUGCGAGUUCAAUAUGCUGAAGCUUUCCCCGGUGUUUGUAUACUGUACGUGGAAGUACAGAGACUAUUUUCUUCCAACUCACAGGCCUACGUAAGGAUUUAAUACAGCAGGAUAUUAUUUUGUAGCUCACGGAUAUCCACGGUAAAACAAAAAAGGCUACUACCAUUUUUUUUGUUGCCUGUUUUUGUUUUGGACAGGGAAUUCCUUUAGAUAGGCUGCAUGUGCUUUGCUCUUUGGCUGUCUGUAUUUUUGUUUUGUUUGGUAGCUAUUAUUUUUUAAAACUGAUACAUUUAGAUAUGGGGGUCUGGCUUGUAGCUCGCAGCAGGCACCCCACUGAAACAGCCUGUAAAGCCAUUAGAGGCUAGGCUAUUAGUUUUGUUUAGGGUUCUCCUUUCAAAGUACUUUGGCUUCUCGCUGGCCCACGAUGAACUAUUAUUUCGUGGGUGUUUUUCACGCUCCUGUGAGGUUUUGUGACAGCAAUGACUGCUCCAGUUUUAGCUGUUAGCCGGUAGGUUUUGCAAACUAGUCUGCUGCGUAAGUUGGUGCAUUUUCCAGGUGUCUUUUUUUUUUUCUUCUUGUGCCACCACCGUAUUUAUACUUCUGCCAAAAAAUAAAAGACUAAUUUUUUUUAUUUCUUUUUUUUUUUUUUACUGCCUUAUUGAUGUGUUUUCCAGUCUGAACGCGACAUCAUUUUUUUGUUGUUGUUGUCGGGAUUGCCGCCCCCCCGCGUGUGGUUUAAAUCCCCCACUCCCGGUCCCACGGAUACGAAUGACCAGAUUUUCACCAUCUUUUUCCACCAUGAGUUACAUCCACAAGGUACUGAAUGUAUUGCUACGUGGACUCGUCAUCUAUGCGGUACUGGGCUUGGAGUGCACUUACUCGAAUGAUCUACCCAGCCACUCGUCUGAUGCUGCAAAUGUAGCCACCACAGACCCCUGUCUUAUAGUGAUGCCGCCAUGCGUUGGCGAAGCCGACCGCUUCAGUCUGGAGGCGCUGCGGCACAUCCACAAACAGCUGGAUGACGACAAUGACGGGGGAAUAGAGGUCAAUGAGAGUGUGGAGUUUAUAAUAGAAGACAUGAAGCAGCAGCAAACCAACAAACACAGCAACCUGCACCGUGAAGACCAGCACAUCACUGUGGAGGAGCUGUGGAAGGCCUGGAAGACCUCUGAAGUCCACAACUGGACCACGGAGGACACCGUGCAGUGGCUGAAGGAGUCUGUGGAGCUGCCGCAGUAUGAGAAGAACUUCCGGGACUUCCCGGUCACAGGGAACACCUUACCACGAAUAGCGGCAAAUGAACCGUCGUUUAUGUCGAUGCAACUGAAGAUACUAGACCAACGGCAUAAACAAAAACUAAACCUAAAGGCACUAGAUGCAGUGCUUUUUGGCCCUCCUCUCCGUCCACAACAUAACUGGAUGAAAGACUUUGUCCUCAUGGUUUCCAUAGUGAUUGGUGUUGGGGGCUGCUGGUUUGCCUAUGUGCAGAACAAGUCCAGCAAGGUGCACAUCUCUCAGAUGAUGAAGGAUCUGGAGAGCCUGCAACAUGCUGAGCAAAGCCUCUUAGACCUGCAGAGCCGGCUGGAAAAGGCUCAGGAGGAGAACCGGACGGUGGCCGUGGAGAAGCAGAACCUGGAGCAGAAGAUGAGGGAUGAGAUCACCGGCGCCAAAACAGAGGCUCACAGGCUUCGAGAGCUGCGAGAGGGUGCCGAAUGCGAACUCAGCCGCCUCAAAUAUGCAGAGGAAGAGCUUGUACAGGUGCGAAAAGCUCUAAAGCGAGCAGAGAAGGAGAUGCAGUCGGAGCGGUCGGUGCCCGAAGCGCUUCAGAAGUGGCUCCAGCUCACGCACGAGGUCGAGGUUCAGUACUACAACAUCAAGAAACAGAAUGCAGAGUUUCAGCUGUGCGUCGCCAAAGAUGAGGCAGAGAAAAUAAAAAAGAAAAGAAGUUCUGUGUUUGGAACUCUUCAUGUAGCCCACAGUUCAUCGCUGGAUGAGGUGGACCACAAGAUACUAGAAGCAAAAAAAGCCCUGUCAGAGGUAACGGCAUGCCUGAGGGAGCGUCUGCAUCGCUGGCAGCAGAUCGAGAAGCUUUGCAACUUCCCUGUUGUCAAUAACUCGGGGCUGCCGAGCCUGACGGCCAGCCUCUACUCAGACCACAGCUGGGUGGUCAUGCCGCGAGUCUCGGUGCCUCCCUACCCCAUCGCAGGGGGAGUGGAUGACCUGGACGAGGACACGCCUCCCAUCAUUCCGCAGUUCCCAACGGCCACGAUGAUCCGGCCCUCGCUGACCCGCAGCAGCAGCCUGUGUCGUUCCCGCCGGAGCCUGCUAAGCUCUCCGCAGUCCUCGCUGAUGUCCGCGGACCCCGACCUACUGUCCAUGGCCAGCUCUUCCCUCUCCUAUCGCCCCGAGGCAGACGACGAACAUAUCAUGUUCAGCUCGGAUAGGAGGGGGUAUGUAGCGGUGGCCGGAACACCGCGGAAUGGUUUUACAGUUUGGACUCACAGGGAAGCGUCACAGGAGGGCAGCUCCGACACAGACUCCCUCAACUCCUCCAUGGGCCGCAAGCAGCUGCACAACACCUGCGUGCCGGGCUCAGACACCCCAUACCGCAAGAUCUCCCGCGAGGAGCUGCUGCUGUUUGGCCAGAGUCCGGAGCUUCCCGCGUCCACCCACACCAGCAGCAGCAGCAGCAGCAGUCUCAGGGACUCCACGCCUCCCCCUCUGCCUCCAACCCCGGCCACCACCCCCUCUGGUCCACCCUCCACCUCGCCUUCCCCGGCCUUGGAGCACCACCCCUUUGCACACAGAGGCUCGCCCGACCUAACCCGCAUCAUACCAGAGUCCCAAAGCGCAACCUUCUCACAGGGGAACGUAACCUCUCCGACUGGCAAGGGCAUGUACAACGGCAUCCUGGAGAAGUCCUACAGCUUCGGCCAGCUGCCCGCCAGCAUGCAGCCCAACGUGGGGCGCUACCCGUCUCUUACCUCCCUGGACUCGGAGGGACGGAGCAUGGGAAGGGAACACAAGCUCCAGAGCACCUCCUCCCAGGACUCCAGCGACAAUGGAGAGAAAAUCAAGCGCUCCUCCUCUAAAAUUAAAAGCUUAUUUAAGAAGAAGAAAUAAAACUUGCAGAAUGAGAAAUAGUGUGAGCGAGACAGAGAAAAUAAAAUGUAAAGAUUGUUUUAGCCCUAAUAUUAAAAAAUGGACAUCACUGAAAGCUAAAACAUUUCAUUUUCUCUCUUAUUUUUCAUCUUUUUGUCGUCAAAGAUGGAAUGUAGCUCAGUCUGGGUGCCUUUAAACGCCUCAGACUGGUAGCCUUAUUUUUCAAUAAUGUCAUUUUAUUUAGUCCACUUAUAGCCUCACAGGGAAACCUGAGAUGGUCAAGGAAAGGUCAAAGCUCAUGAUCGUUGUCAUCCAGGCAGCCAAAACGCGUGACCUGUUUAUUGUCUUCUAUUCAUUUUGGUUUGAGUUUCAAACCGAAAAGCCACUUUGUGUAGCUGUCUAAAGGUGCAGUCCAUAAAUGUGUUCUUAAGUACACAAGGUCCAGUGUUUCACUGUCGAUGUGUACUCCAGACUGACUAGUGCUGUUGCUGCUGAAACAGCAGUAACAGCAACACCUGAAUACCACCCAGAAAAAAGGCUCUAAGAUUUCUUACAAACAUAAUUUUGACGUUGUCUUUCUAAAGCGUUCUAACUACUUCUCUCCGUUCAAAUUAUGGAUUGCAUCUUGCAAAAGUGUUUGAGUCCUAAACUCGUGUACUUGAUUAAUUUCCUUUGAGAAACAAAAGAAUCCUGCUAAAAGUUUGUUGCACUACUGCUUUCCUGGUAUUUUGGGAAGGCGCCGCUGCUUGCGGAGUACAUAUUGAAUAAAGAUAUAGAGAUGAGAUUAAUACAUGGGCAGCGGCAGUGGAGAUGCAGUAACAUAAUGCCAGAGCCAAUAUUAUCUGAUGCAUCUUCAACGCCACUACUUAUGGAUGUCUCAAUAUAUAUAUAUAUACAUACUAUAUACACACACUUUGUUUUCACAUUAUUAUGUUCCUAUAGAUGUUUUAAAUAGAUUUAUAUCAGUGGGUGUUCUUAUGAACUGAAAGUUUAUUGAUUAUGCAGAAUCAACCCGUACGAGUCAUUUUCCCUGUAAUCUGUCCCAUAUUACUUGAUUUACUGUGUCCUGUAGCCAUACCAACGUACCAUUUCCACUUUUUUGUCUUAAAUAUCCUGUCACCUCAGUAGAAUUUGGGUGUUACUAACAGAUUUUGGCCAAAUUGUCUGUGCAAAAAAUUCUUUUUGUGGUUGGAGUGGAGUAUUCGUGCCACAUUUAAUCUUACACAAGACUGCAGCUGACUACACUGUCUUUGCUGUAUUGUUUUGAUGUGACCUGUACCAUCUGUGUUGCUCUAAGACCAGCACUUAAGGAUUAUCUGUAUUAAAAAAUUACUUGGUCCAGAUCUGAUCAAUACCCCCCCCCCCCCAUUACAUCCACUAAGCUCGAAGCAGACCCAUGCAAUAUGGCACCUUUCCCAUUCCCCACCUCAGGGCCCGCACCGAGCGCACUGAUGUCAAGAGCUUCUGCUUCACACUGUGAUUUCUGCCUUCUUCCCUUCAUCCCUGGACCUUGCUGUCACUGCUGCAAUUUAAACACGACCCUGUGUGACGACUGUGACAGAGGCGGUGAAAUGUCAGGUUGGGUGAAAGGGGGGCGUGGUGCCGUGUACGAGGUGUGUCUGGGUGACAGAAUGACGUGAGGAUCCAGAGGGCUCUGUUUUUAAAGAAAAAAUAAUAAUAUAUUGGAACUUUGUGGCAACACAGCACACAAUGAAGGAAAAAGACGACGGAACUGCAGGACGAGGAGAAGAUGAAUGUUUACGAGACAUUAGGUUUUUUGAGAACAUUUUGUGUGUGAAUAUUUGUAUACUGUAGAAGAAUUAAUAAAAAAAAAUGGAGGCAAUCGUA